GUCGCGCGUGGUCUGCCGGAAGUGGAACAGAAGAAGCUGAAGAGUGACGUCACGCGGCGUGGGCGCUCAGUCUCUCACUUCAAGAUGGCGGACCCAGAAGCGUCAGCGAAGAAGAAGAAGAAGACGAAAGUCAGCGAAGAAGAAGUCGGGGAGAUCCAGCAGAGCGGGGACUUCUUCAUCAAGCCCGAGUCGAAGGUCGCCUCUCUCGACACGUCACAAUGGCCUCUGCUGCUGAAGAACUUUGAUAAACUGAACAUCCGCACGGCGCACUACACGCCGCUGCCGAGCGGCAGCAACCCCCUGAAGAGGAACAUCCAGGACUAUGUCAGGUCGGGCUUCAUUAACCUGGACAAACCGGCCAACCCGUCAUCUCACGAGGUUGUGGCGUGGAUCAGGAGGAUUCUCCGCGUGGAGAAGACGGGUCACAGCGGGACGCUCGACCCGAAGGUCACGGGCUGUCUGAUUGUCUGCGUGGAUCGAGCUACGAGAUUGGUCAAGUCCCAACAGAGCGCCGGUAAAGAGUAUGUGGGCAUCGUUCGGCUGCACAAUGCCAUAGAGAGCGAGCACACGCUGGCCCGGGCGUUGGAGACGUUGACCGGCGCUUUGUUCCAGCGGCCGCCACUGAUCGCCGCCGUCAAGCGCCAGCUGAGAGUCCGAACAAUCUACGAGAGCAAACUGAUCGAGUACGACCCAGAGAGGAGGCUGGGUAUCUUCUGGGUCAGCUGUGAGGCGGGGACUUACAUCCGGACUCUGUGUGUCCACCUGGGUCUGAUCCUCGGGGUCGGAGGUCAGAUGCAGGAGCUGAGGAGAGUUCGGUCUGGCGUGCUGGGAGAGAAGGACCACAUGGUGACGAUGCACGACGUCCUGGACGCUCAGUGGCAGUUUGACCACAACAAAGACGAGGCGUACCUGAGGAGGGUCAUCUUCCCGCUCGAGAAGCUGCUCGUGUCUCACAAACGACUCGUGAUGAAGGACAGUGCGGUGAACGCCAUCUGUUACGGAGCAAAGAUCAUGCUGCCAGGUGUGCUCAGGUACGAGGAUGGCAUUGAGCUGAACCAGGACAUCGUUGUCAUAACGACCAAGGGCGAGGCCAUCUGCACAGCUGUCGCUCUGAUGACCACGGCGGUCAUCUCCACAUGUGACCACGGCAUCGUGGCGAAAAUCAAGAGAGUGAUCAUGGAGCGAGACACGUAUCCCCGAAAGUGGGGCCUGGGACCGAAGGCGAGUCAGAAGAAGAUGAUGAUCCAAAAGGGACUGCUCGACAAACACGGGAAGCCAAACGGCAGCACGCCGGAUGACUGGAAGAACCAGUACGUGGACUACAGUGUCUCCAAGGCAACAGAGGAGUCAGGUGACACAGCCAAGAGGAAGAGGGACGUGGCUGACAGCGACGGCGAAACUACGACGCCCAACACGCCAUCAGCAGAGGACGUGAAGGAGAAGAAGAAGAAGAAGAAAGAGAAGAGGGCCAAACUGGAGGAGGCGGAGCCUGAGGAGGCAGAGGCGGAGCCUGAGGCAGAGGUCGUGGACAGCAAGAAGAAAAAGAAGAAGAAGAAACAGAAAGAUGCUGACACGUCAGAGUGACGUGAGCGGAGCGGGCAGGCUCCACCCACUGCCACACCUGUCUGAAUGCACGGCAUUCUGGGAGUCGAACAAUGGACUGCAUGAGUGCAGACGAUGUUUUUUGUUUUUUAUAUAUAAAUUUAUUUUUUGUUUCAGCUGUAAAUACCUGAACAGGAAGUGUUUGUAAUUUCAAAAUAAAAGUGUUUUCCGUA